AGCGUCACCGUCAUGGCCGCGGUUGACAGUUGGAGCUGGUUCCCAGCGUUAGCAUUGGGAGUUUCUUUCCUGAAAUGUCUCUUUAUCACCGCAUAUCAUUCCACAGACUUCGAGGUGCACAGGAACUGGCUGGCCAUCACACACAGUCUGCCCGUGUCCCGGUGGUACCAUGAGAACUCGUCUGAGUGGACCCUGGACUACCCUCCCCUGUUCGCCUGGUUCGAGCUGGGACUGUCCCACGCUGCUCGCCACUUUGACCCCGACAUGCUGCUGGUGGAGAACCUGAACUACUCCAGCCCCCCCACGGUCCUCUUCCAGAGGCUGUCGGUCAUCUUCACCGAUCUGAUGCUCAUCUACGCUGUCAGAGAGUGCUGCCGGUGCGUUCAGGAGCAGAAAGGCUGUCGGGACGUUCUGAACCGGCCGUCCUUCGUCCUGGCUGCUCUGCUGCUCGGGAACUUUGGCCUCCUCAUCGUCGACCAUAUUCAUUUCCAGUAUAACGGCUUCCUGUUUGGUUUCCUGCUGCUGUCAGUGGCCAAACACAUGCAGCAUAAGCACCUGCAGGGGGCCCUGCUGUUCUCCCUGCUGCUGAACCUGAAGCACAUCUACCUGUACGUGGCUCCGGCCUACGGGGUCUACCUGCUGAGGAGCUACUGCUUCACCCACGACAACACAGACGGCUCUGUAAGCUGGAGGAGUUUCAGCCCGCUCCGUCUGAUGGCUCUGGGCGGCAUCGUGGCCUCCGUUUGUGCUCUGUCCUUCGGCCCCUUCAUCGCCAUGGGUCAGCUCCCUCAGGUGCUGUCUCGUCUCUUCCCCUUUAAGCGAGGCCUCUGCCACGCCUACUGGGCCCCGAACAUCUGGGCGCUCUACAACACGCUGGACAAAAUCCUGGCCACGCUCGGUGUUCGUGUGAGGCUGCUGCAGGAGGCGGAGCUUCCUCGAGCCUCCAUGACGGGCGGCUUGGUUCAGGAGUUCCAGCACUCGGUCCUCCCCUCCAUCACUCCCUCCAUCACACUCGCCUGCACUCUGCUCUCCAUCCUGCCGGCGGUAACGUCCAUCUGGUUGCGUCCCCGCGGGGCUCGGGGGUUCCUGCGCUGCCUGCUGCUCUGUGCUCUCGGCUCCUUCGUGUUCGGCUGGCACGUACACGAGAAGGCCAUCCUCAUGGCCAUCCUGCCCCUCAGCAUCCUGGCGGUGGAGAACAGAGAGGAUGCUGGGAUAUUCCUGGUCCUGACCACCACGGGACAUUACUCGCUGUUCCCACUGCUCUUCACCCCCGCAGAGCUGCCCAUCAAAGUGUGUCUGAUGCUGCUGUUCACCAUCUACUCCUUCACUGCUCUGAGGACCCUCCACAGUGGUCAGGUGUCUCUGCUGCAUCCUCUGGAGCGGGUCUACCUGUUGGGACUGGUUGCCGUGGCGUUCGCCUGCGAGGUGGCCUUCCCUCUGUCUCCGUGGCAACAGAUGCUGCCGUUCCUGCCCCUGCUGGUGACCUCGGUGUACUGCUCGCUGGGCGUGUGCUACUGCUUCCUGCGUCUCCACGCCACGCUGCUGAGGCCGGACCAGAAGACCAAACAACCCUGAGACUCAAGGGCCGCAGGUUAGAUUCCCUCCUGAACCACACCAGACUCACCGACCAAUCAGGACCUCACAGAGGACCACUCAGACUCACCGGACC